UUUCUUCCUCAAAAUCUUAUGUAAACCCCUCGAAGGAGAUCUUAUCUCAACAAGGCCUUUAUCGAAAUCCCAGAUCACUUCUGAUCAGGCUCCAUGGAUUCAGAUGAAGAUGAGAGGAUCCCAUUCAGCCAGAGACCCGAAUGGUCUGACAUCAAGCCAGUCCCUCAAGACGACGGCCCCAACCCAGUCGUACCCAUCGCUUACCAUGAAGAUUUCAAGGAAACCAUGGAUUACUUCCGAGCUGUUUAUCUUGCUGACGAGAGAACCCCUCGAUCUCUGCGUCUCACUUGGGAGGCUAUUGCCAUGAACGCCGGGAAUUACACGGUGUGGCAUUUCAGGCGUCUUAUACUUGAGACACUUAAUACUGACCUUCAUGAGGAAUUGGAUUUCAUUGAAAACAUUGCCAAGAGUAACUCCAAAAACUAUCAGAUAUGGCAUCAUAGGCGGUGGGUUGCAGAGAAAUUGGGAACUGAAGCUAGAAGCAUGGAGCUCAAGUUCACGAGGAAAAUUCUUUCACUUGAUGCCAAAAAUUAUCAUGCCUGGUCUCAUAGGCAGUGGGUUCUUCAGGCCUUAGGUGGGUGGGAAGAUGAGCUUGAUUAUUGUCUACAGCUCCUCGAAGAAGAUGUUUAUAACAAUUCAGCGUGGAAUCAGAGAUAUUUUGUCAUAACAAGAUCUCCUCUUUUGGGAGGCUUGCCAGCCAUGAGAGAGUCUGAAGUAAGAUACACUGUUGAAGUCAUUCUAUCGAACCCUGAUAAUGAAAGUCCAUGGAGAUACCUUCGAGGCUUAUACAAAGGUGACAAUGAACUAUUAGUCAGUGACUCUCAAGUGUCUUCUCUCUGUCUGAAGGUUCUAAGUAUUCGAGGCAACACUUUUGCCUUGAGCCUGCUGUUGGAUAUACUCUGCCAUGGUCUCCAGCCAAGUGAAGAGUUAAAAAGUGUAGUUGAAGGUUUGACCAAUUCAAAUUCAGAUUCAACUGAUUCAAACUUGGCAAUAAAAGUUUGUUCUGUGUUGGAAACUCUAGAUCCAAUGAGGUCAAACUAUUGGGCCUGGCGCAAGGCCAAUCUUCCAUCUCAUGCCAUAGCUAUUUGAGAUUAUGAGAAUUGAAUUGAAGGGAAGGGAAGGAAGUUUUAAAA